UCCUAAUCAGGCCUCUGGCGCCAGCUCUCCUGUAUGUCCCUUCUGCCCCGAGCUGUCUCAUUACUGCCAGCUCUUGCGCAGCUUUGUCUGGGUUUGUUUCCACAUCUGUGGUUUCUGUCGCCGCUUCCCUGUCUCCAUCGCCCAGCUCAGCUUCUGGCCUUCCUCCGAUACUCCACGGGAGAGCCCAGAGAGCCUCCGGAGCUGAAGUCAUGGAAGAAGUUUCACCCUGCUCCCUCCGCAGCACUCUGUUCCAGCAGGAAGAACAGAACGGGAUUACCUACCGGAUCCCAGCACUGCUGUACAUUCCUCCCACCCACACCUUCCUGGCCUUCGCAGAGAUGCGUACCUCAAGAAGAGAUGAGGAUGCUGUCUACCUGGUGUUCAGACGAGGGGUGAUGAAGGGGUGCUCUGUUGAGUGGGGCCCCCAACAGUCACUGAUGGAGGCCACAUUACCUGGGCAUCGCACCAUGAACCCCUGCCCUGUGUGGGAGAAGAAUACUGGCCGUGUAUACCUGUUUUUCAUCUGUGUGCAGGGCCAUGUUAGUGAGCACUGGCAGCUUCUGUGGGGCAGGAAUGCUGCCCGUCUCUGCUUCCUUUACAGUGAGGAUUCUGGGUGCUCGUGGGGUGAAGUGAAAGAUUUGACUGAGGAAGUCAUUGGCUCAGAGAUGAAGCACUGGGCCACGUUUGCUGUGGGCCCAGGUCAUGGCAUCCAGCUGCAGUCGGGGAGGCUGGUCAUCCCCGCCUAUGCCUACUUGAUAUCAUGCUGGUUUCUCUGCUUUCCAUGUUCAGUCAAGCCCCAUUCCCUGAUGUUCUACAGUGAUGACUUAGGAGUCACAUGGCACUGUGGCAAGUUCAUUAAGCCCCAGGUGACAGGGGAGUGCCAAGUGGCAGAAGUGCCUGGGAAGGCUGGUAACCUUGUGCUCUACUGCAAUGCCCGAACACCAAACAAAUUCCGAGCAGAGGCUUUUAGCACUGAUAGUGGUGACUGCUUUCAGAAACCAACCCUGAACCAACAACUCUGCGAGCCUCGUGGUGGCUGCCAAGGUAGUGUAGUGAGCAUCCGGCCUUCGAAGAUGCCAUACUCAUGUCAAGACUCGAGUGGUAAAGAUGUUCCCUCUACUCAGAAAUGCCCUCUGAUGGACAGAUCUCUGGAGGUGGAGGAAGGAGCUAGAGCACCAUCAGGGACAUGGCUCUUGUACUCACAUCCAACUCACAAGAAGAAGAGAAUGAACCUAGGCAUCUACCACAACCAAAACCCCCUGGAGGUGAACUACUGGUCCCGCCCGUGGAUCCUGAACCGUGGGCCCAGCGGCUACUCUGACCUGGCUGUGGUAGAGGAACAGGGCUUGUUCGCGUGCUUAUUCGAGUGUGGGAAGUUGCGUGAGGAGGAGCGGAUUGACUUUUGUCUGUUUUCACACCAAGAGGUCCUGAGCUGUGAUGACUGUACCAGCCCUACUAGCAACUAAGGCCAAAUAAAGACUGAUGGGUGAGGCCAGCUGUCCACAGAAGGGAGUGGCAAUGACAGCUGGGAUAGCAGAGGUCUCUGAUGUCCACAGAAAAUCUAAGCACUAAUGAUCUGCUCCUUGCAUUUUUUUCCACUUUUCCCUCAAAUGAGCAUAGUGAAAAUUGUGCCAUAUCUUACACAACAAGGCUCUUGAGCUGGGAGUUUGGAGACUGCUGUAGUUGUGGCUCUGCUGUUGGCUUGCUUCAGGACUCUGGCUGUAUCCCUGAACUCUUUGGACAUCGAGUCUCCAUUUGUAUAAUGAGAAGAUUGGUGCAGGAUCUCUUCUCUUCUCUUCUCUUCUCUU